AGCGCAGACGCCCCUGGGCCGCCGGGCGAGCGCCUCCGUGGCCGGCAGCUGCGCUCGCGCCUUCCCCGCCCGUUCCCCGCAUGGCUCCAGCGGCGGCCCCGGCGGGCCAGCAGUACUUUCGCUCGGACAGCAGCGACUCGGCCGCCUACAUGCUGGGCAGCCCGAGCGGCUCCGAGCCCGAGCCGCCCGCCCAACCCGAGAAGCGCCGCCGCCGCCAGCGCUGCAGCCCGGUCUGGCUGGCCGUGGCCGCCAUGGGCAUCGUGGCGCUGCAGAUCGCCUCGGCCACCGGCCUCUUCGUCUACUUCACCAUGUCCAUCGCCAAGCUAAAGGCCCAAACGCAGGGCACCUCGGAGGAGCUGAGGUGCCUCCAGCUGCUCAACAGGCUGCAGGAACUCUCUGAGCUGGAGGAGCUGAUGAGCAGCCAGCCGUGCUUCAAGCUGGCACUCGGCAUCCAGGACUAUGUUGCCAUGAUUACUGAAAAUGUCAUCCGAAGAAGCGCCCCGAGGGUCAGUGCCUCUCAGAAGCAGAGGAACUCCAGCUGGCAGCUGGGCAGCCGGCCCUUGGCACAUCUCACCCUCAGGAGGCCGAGCCCUUCCCAGCCAGGAGGCCUGGGACCGGAGUUUCCUGAGCUGCAGCAGUCCUGCCAGCACCCCAUCCGCCGCUGGGCCAGCAGGACCAUGCAUGCCCACCUCCAGAACCUCACCUACCAGGACGGGCAGUUGCAGGUGAGCCAGGCGGGCAAAUACUACGUCUAUGCCCAGAUUUACUUCCGCUACCCCACCGAGGGGGCAGAUGCCCGCUCCCUGGGCCACCAGCUGGUGCAGUGCAUCAAUCUCCAGAGCGUGUAUGGGCAGACCAUCCUGCUGCUGAAGGGCGUGGGCACCAAGUGCUGGCAACAGGAUGCGGCCUAUGGGCUCCAUGCCCUUUACCAGGGAGGCCUCUUUGACCUCAAAGCUGGCGACAAGCUCUUUGUGUCCGUCUCAUCACUGGAUGUCAACUACGAUGAUGAGGCAGGCAGCUAUUUUGGAGCCUUCCGCCUUGAUGUGUGACGUUGUGGGACUGUGUCCAAGGGAGCCCUGGCUUUGGGGGCUCACUCUCUCUCCCCCCCCCCACCCGGAACCACUGGAAGACGCCUGUGCCCUAUUAUCACCCUUCACUCUCCCAUUAAUGGUAGUGGCCAAGCUACCCUGGAGGCAAAGGCAGGAUGGGGAAGAGGGAGUGGGAGUCCGCAGCCCUCUUGCCUUCUGCAGGACCUGGGAGGCUACUGGAGCCCCUUCACGGGAGCCUCCCUUAUAACCACAUCUCUGAAGCAGCCAGGAAGACGCUGAAGCUGAGCCGGGCCCAGCUCUACCCGAGCAGGCCGACUGGCAACUGCCAAGCUUCUGGCUCUCUUGGACAUGCCCCUGCUGCAGACUCCUCCUCUGCAUCCCUACACGCAACCCCCUUCCAUCCCCACUGCCUGCCCUCUUCUGAUCAUUCCAGCUGAGAAAUGUGGGACUCCCUCCUGCCCUUCUGUGCAUACAUCUGUGCACUGAGCGGCCUGCUCCUGUACCUCAAGGAAGCUGAGCUGCUCACACACCAAGCACCACUUCACAAGUCAAGAAUUCUUGCCAGGACAAGAAUGUAGGUCAGUGGGUCACCUGAGCGAGCGAACGAGCCCCACCAGGGAGACACUGGGCACACCUUCCCGCUACCUCUCCUGGCACACACAUUGGGUGUAACCCUGAGCGGCAUUAGCACUCAGCAUGCCCCAGCCAGAGCUGGCUGACCUGGAGCAACCAGUGCCUGUGCCAGGAGCCCAAACGUCUCCCUAACCCUUCCAGGGGGAGGCUGGUCUUUGGGUCUUGGUUGGUUUCGAGAUUCCCCAGGCCGGGUUGUAGCAGGAGCUGCAUCCACAACAGGGGCAGGUUCCAUCCGGCUUUCAUUUAUUUGUGGCUUAGCAUUUUGCAUGCCCCCCUCCCCACUUGGUCAGUGCAUGGUUCAAUGCACUGCAUGCACCUUGACUGGCUUACUUCAGUAGCCAGACUCUGUGGGUGGAGGCACAAAGCAACAGGCGGUCAUUAGGAACACUGAAAGGGCGGGGAAGGGCGAUCACCUUCAGCAGGGGUCAACAACUCUGGAGCCCCAUGCGGCCCUCUGAUGCGGCUCCAUCGCCAGUCGGCUCCACAAUUGAUAGGCUUUCAGUUAGGAUAGGUAGAGGAAAAAGGACACCGUGCUAGGAGGAGACUCUAUGGUGGGGGAACUGGACUUCAAUUGGCUCCAGAAUUGAAUAAGAGGCUUCCAGUUAGGACCUUUGUGGCUCUUUGAGUGUUUAAGAUUGCUGACCCCUGACCUAGAGGGCAGUCCAGGAAGCACCCCAUGAGCCCCACAGCCCAACCAGGGCACCAGCCCUUGACUUGACAUCCUCGGCCUCUUCUGGCUUCUCUGAAAGACAACGCCCACCCUAGGCUGUCAGCCACGAGUCCUGGCAAUGUGGUGCGUGAACCUGGAUAAGACCCCGGCUGUCCCAAUCCCGGUCCCAGCGCUUCUUCCGCUUCACCCUUGAACCCUGCUCAGCCAGGCCGGGCCUCUUCCUCCCCAAAGUCGGGGACGCCUGAAGGCAGGAGGCGGCUGUUCCCUCAGGCAGCCCCAGGCCAGGUACUGCUCCUGCGGCAGCUGGGAGGAGAGGCAGCAACAGGAGGCGGCCUGGGGGCUCAGCUGGUUGACUUGAGGUUAUCUGGUGCCACUUGGGAAGAAGCGGGAAAAGGAGCCAGCAAACGCAAUACUCUGCUGCCCACACUCUAGGGCUGGAAGGGCGGCUUCAGACCAAACUGAUCUUCUGGCUAUCGCCCCGCCAUGCCAAUUCAGAUAGGUUCCUCCCCCCCUUUGGGUAAGGCAAGAAGCAGCCACUGCCAACUCAGUUAUAUCGUUUCUUUUACUCUGGCGUGGAACCUCCUUCCCAGCGCAGCUCCCAACAAGGCUACAAUCAGGCUCCCCUUCCCGAGAGAAGAAGACGUUCCACAGAUUAUAUAGUGCAAUUGGUUAUCUUGUAGAAAAAAAUAAAACAUGAUUAUCGCUUGCUCCACGUGGAGAAACUGAAGACAGCUCUGGGUCCUCCAUAAAGGGAGGCAAAGCUCAGGUCCCUCUGGCCAAGGUCCAUGGGGCAGAGUAAAACCUCUGGCCCCUCCCGGCUUCAGUUGAACAAGAUCGAGUCUGGGUCCUGGUUUGCCAUCUGUGCUAUGUGCUUCAGUACGUCCUUUUUGGUAAUAAUCCCUAGCAGCUUCCUGAAAAAGAGAGAGAAGCCAUUGACCUCAGGGGAGAACUGGGAAUCCCUUUGGCCCCCGCGGUCAGUUUGGCCAGGAUGGGGCCCUUUAACACCCCAGGAUCUGCCUGUGGCCCCAGCAGAUGGAGGGAGAGGCAACUGUAACAGGUAGAACAUGAGAAAGAACCAUACACGAAGAAAGAGAGACGCCCUCUAAUGGCCUCCUUUAUAUAGGCAGCUUCUUAAAGGGCAAUAACACUGCUGACUCACUCUCAGUCUUAAAGGGCUGGUCAGCUUUAAAUCAUCCACACCUUAAACACUUUUCCACCCAGCCCAGAGUGUGUCCCCACCUGGAGGCUCCUGGUCAUGACAGCUCCUUCCAGGCCGCUGGCCUCAGCAAGAGGGCCUUGACCAGGCCUGGCAGAGGAGCUUCAAAUGGAGCAUUUUUAAGAGCUGCUCUUCUGGGCUCCCCUGAAUUCCUUGCCGACCUUUCCAGCAGUGGAGCAUUUUGCUAUCAGCCAUGUAUAAUUUGUAUAUACAAUAUAUUUUUUCAUUACUGCUA